AAAAUUAUAGUAAUAUAUAGAUUUUGAUUUCUACAUGUUUUAGAUUUACAGUAAAUAUGUAGAAGUCAGUUUCUACGUGUUUUAGAUUUAUACAAAUAUGUAGAUUUUGAUUUCUAAAGAUUUUAGAUCGGUAGAUUAAGCGCAGAAUGUAUAUUCUAAAUAUUUUUAGAAUACUCUUAUUUACGUAGAUCACAUAUUCUAAACAUUGUAGAUUCAAUGAAAAAAGUGGAUAUCGUUUUCUACUUCGUAGAAUGUCAUUUCUACUUUAUUUAGAACAUAAUCUGAAAUUUAUGAUUUAAACAUUUUUAGAACUGAAAAAAAUACCACUAAGUUCAUAUAGGUAUUUUAUCAAUAGUUACCAUUUUCCAAAAAAAAAUUGUUUGUAAAACUAUUUAUUAAAUUUAUUUUCUAAAAUAUUAAAGGGUAUUAUAGACAAAACUGACACAAAAUAGAUAUUAGUCUAAAAUGACAUAGUUAUCAUUUUUUUUGCUCUAGAAAAAGAAUUUUCCCAUGAAAAAUAUUAACUAAAAAUUAAGAUUAUUCCAAAAUCAAAUAUUUAGAAAUAGUGAAAAUUCUGGCAUUUGUUUUUACUUUUUUACCAGGAAGGCGUCUUGGCAUCUACAAAAAAAAAGAAUCAUUGAGUGGAUCAUCGAUAUCCCACAUAGAAGGGACUCAUCAAUAUCCGAACACAUUGAGACGGAUCGAUCGAAUCCAGUUUCUGGAUCUUAACAAAACCUUAAUUAUUUAUUUUUAAAAAUUUAUUUUAAUUCUGGAUUUUGUAAAGUGAAGAUACUAACGAUCAGUUGGUAACUAACAAAUGUCACGAAACUGAUAAUGAUUAAGGAUCGUUGAUUGUGCGAAUUAGUAAUGAGCCAAUGAUACUUGACAUUUUUAAAAAAGCUCCAUAAAUAUUGGGCCCACUCACCGAUCAGGCGUUUGGUUAUUUAUCGUGAGUGGGCUUUUGCUUUGCUUCAUCGUUUUCCAAAACUUUAACUCACAACAACAAAAGAAAGAAAAGCAAAACUCGUAACUUCUCCUCUGUUAAAACCUAAAACUUUUAUCUUUGGCCAGAGCAAAAAAAAAGAAAGAAGAAGCUUCAGCACAUCAUGGAUUCUCAGGACCACAUCAACACACCACACUCUCCAGGAGGUAAGAGCCAUGUCUGCACUAAAUGUGGUUGGAGUUAUCCAAAUCCACACCCUAGUGCUAAAAACCGGCGUUCACACAAGAAAAUUUGUGGAACCGUCAAGGGAUUUGAGAUCCUUGAUUCCGAAAUGCCCAACCAGAAUCUUGAUUUGCAGGAAGAUCCUAGCUUGGAUGAUGAGCAAAAACUCCCAAGUCCAAGGGUUGCGGAGAAAGCUGAUGAGAAGAUUGGGGAAGAGGAUGUUUUUGCAGAUGCUGUUUCUGAAUUUUCAAGAUCUGACUCUUUCAAGGAAAAGGAAGAGACAGCAACAAAUUGUAUCGCUAAGAAUCCUGGUGAAACUCAGCCGGGCAACAAAAGCCCUGAAGUGGUUCAAGAGAGCUGUGAAGUUCCACCUGUGGAGAUCCCUGACAACUUCCCAAAAUCUGUUGAAGCAGCUUCAGGGAAUCAACGAGGUGGAGAACCUUCUAUUGAAGGACACUCCCUGGCAUUUGUAACUCUGAAUGAUUCAUCACAGGUCGUUGAAGGUGGUGGUGAUACCAUAUCAGAUGUUGGGUUAGAGACAGAUUGCAAAGAAGAUUUACCUGAUGAAUCUGAAUCUAAGUUGGCAUCUGCAUUAGGAAAGAGAAAGGAUACUUUUGAUUCAUCAUGGAACGAUGAAGUGAUUUACUCGGACGUGGAGGGUCCGCAUGGAUUUGCUUUUGAAGAAAUUAGUAUGAUGCAUCCUGGUGAAGCUGAGUAUACAGUUAGUGAUGAUAAUGUUCCGGUUAAUACAGACCAAGUUAUCAGCACCAAACAAUCUGCUUGUGGUGAUAUAACUUUUACAGAAAAUGCUGCCGUCUCUCUGGAUGGAACCAAACAUGAAGAUGUUGAAUCGAAUCUUCCUGAGACACCUAAGGGAGAAGAAUGUGAAACCGGUACUCGUAGUAAGGCAGAGAACUUAAGCAUUCAAACUGAAGGCAUAAGUAUUGGCACUGAAGUUUCUUCAUCAGACAAGCUUCUAUUGGAACACAAAGCUGAACCUCAAGGCCAAACAGCUGUGGAAAUAUCUAAGGUUAGCCCUGAAGAUAUCAAAAUGAAAGCCGAAGAGGGUGAAUCAUCUUUUGGUGUUUCCCAAGACACUGUUGAAUCAGAAAUAUUGGAAGCCUCUCUACCUGAAGUAGUUCCUAUAGUUGCUGACUCGAAUGCUGAUCUGAUUCGUUCAUAUCUCACUGAACAUGAGAAUGAACUUAUUCAAGCAAAUGUUGUAGCUGAGGAGAACAGCCCAAACAGCAAUCUGAUCUCUGUAUCCGCUUGUGCUGUUCAACAUUAUGUUUCUGAUGCAAACGAUCAGAAGAACAGCUCACCAGGAACAUGUAUAGACUCCAUUCCCGAAAUUGGUGCUGAAACCUGUGAAAGUAAUGAUGAAGCUCGCAGAGAAGAGUUAGUGGAGGAAAGCAGUUUCAUAAAAGUAGCAGAUCCAAUAAGCAAUUUUGCAACUGAUGAAUCUGCUCAAACAGCUAAUAAUCAGAAGUUAGUGGAAAGCGGAAGGACAGAGUUCAAUAGAGUAGUUGGUGGGUUGGGGGUUAUUCAAGCAAAUGAGAUUGACAGUGAUGUACUUAAAGCGCACAACUUGUAUGCUGAGGUCCCUGUGACUAUUGAGUCAAAUGACCUUCGAGAUUUUGGGAGACUGCAGAAUCUUUCAGAAGCACACGUUAGAUCUCUGGUUUCAAGUCCGCUUGUCACUAGAAACAAUAACACUUCCAAUGCGUUUGCGUCUACUUCAGGACUUAGUGAAAACGGAUCACAGUCAUCAUCACUUGCUGUUGCUCUGUCGGAAAACCAAGAGAUCACUAUGGAGAAGAGAGCAAAGGAGCAGCACGUCCCUCUGAAGAACCUUCUGAGUGAAGCAAGGUCACCAAGGCUAGCAGCAGCGGAGGCAAAAAAGGAUAACAUACCGAGAGUGAGUUCGAUAUUAUUGGACCAAGAGACAUCCCCUGAAGAGGGAGGCCGCUGGCCAGAGAGAAGAGAAGUGAGGGAGGAGUGGAAGUCGCCAGCAAAGUAUCCAGUGGAGUUGAAGAGAGAGGAGAGGAAAGUGAAAGGAAGACCCUUUUGGGUCCCAUUUGUUUGCUGUUCCUCUGUUAAGUAGUAGAAAGCUCUAUAUGUUGUGUUACUCUUUAAGUAGAAGACUUUGACUUUUAUAAAGAAGGCUACAAGUUUGGUUACUGUAGGAGCUUUUAUUACUCAUGAGUUGUAUGACUGGUUUUUAUUUCUUUUGGUUGCGCAUAGAUUUACAAUGUGUGUUUGAUUA